GAUCCAAAAGGUCAAAGGUGGCGUUUAAAGGUGUCGCCGAUAUAUGGAAAUAUUGUUUUUCAGAUCAAAGGAAUAGAGCAGAAAUAUAGGGUCAGGUCUGUCUUUUCUGUAAUGAAGGUAUGACAGAGAGAAAGACUGAGAUUUUGGGGUCCAAACAGCCUGAAAUCGCCGGUGAUUUGAUGGUUGCUUUGGAAGAGAUACCCGCCUCGCCAGCUGCCAGCGCGCAGCGGAGCAUCUUGAAGAUGGUCCAUAAAUGAUGAAGAGGAGCUGACAGACUGCAGGAAGUGCCUAGCUGGCUGACACCACUGCCUUUCAUCCCACCAAUCACCAGCGCUAGGGAUUACGUCAGGAACCACACCAAUCACCGGGCUUCACGAUGGGGAGUGGACUUAGCACGGAUUCUGACUACAGUGAUCUGGAGACCACCAUUAACGGUGUUAAUAACCCACUGCAUGUUGCAUGCACGUUGAACGACAUCAAACAGCUGGCAUGGGUGCUGGAAGUGGAAGCCUACAACCUUUGCGAGUGUGACAGCAAUGGCGAUACACCGCUCUACAUAGCAUGCAAGAAAAGCCACCAUAGAUGUGUAGAGCUUCUACUGCAGCACAAGACCGGCAUAGCCUGCAGCAGGCGAGUAUCCCGUAACAACAGUAAGCUGGAGCUGCAUAAAGCCGUGGAGAACAACGAUCUGGUGUGCCUAGAGCUGCUGCUCAAGUACCGAGCCUUCGUGGACGCCAUCAACAUCAGCUGUGUAAAAGGCGUCGCCGGGAACCCGUACGUUCCGUGCGGUGGCGAGUUUGAGUUCUCCCGCACGUACCUGUAUGGGAUGACCCCACUGCAGAUGGCGUGCGCUCAAGGCAACUACGAUUGUGCUAGGCUCUUGUUACGCUACGGCGCCGACGAAAAUUCGAAGAUUUCUAGAAAGUUUUGGAGCGGGUCCAGCCCGUUUGGCGUGGUGCUGGACGCCUACCCGCCGUCUCCGCUCCAGCUGGCCUGUGUGUAUGGACACCAUCACAUUGUGGCGCUGCUGUUAGAGUAUCAGGCCUGCCCAAACUUGGCCGAGCCAGAGGAGAAGAUGCAGGACUACAUCACCCUGAUCCAGCGGAGAAAGUUCAUCUGCCUCACCCCGCCUCUCCAUCUGGCCUGCAAGUUUGGGCAUCUGAAGUGCGCCCAUCUUCUCAUCGAGUACGGAGCCUGGAUCAACUUUGGCAGCCCCAACCCCGAGCACUUCCCGGCAGGCUGCAUGUGUACCUCCCGGCAGAACAUCGAGACCCUGGAGAAAAUCAGGAGCACCAUGUCAGGGGGAGCGCCGGACGAACUGGAAUUUCACAGGAUGUGGAUGCAGCGCCCCCUGGAUGAUCGACCUUGCAAGACACCUCUGUUCUACGCAUGUGAAAGUGGCAACAUUGAAUGUGCCAAGCUGUUACUGAGGCAAGGGGCUGUGGUGGAUGUAGACUGUGUGGCCUGUACCCCUUUGUUCAUAGCGUGCAUGCGUGGACACAUUGACUGCGUGAAGCUGUUAAUCGUGCACGGCGCUAACGUGAACUUCAUCGCACGCUACCACUGCUCCUGCGGACCUUGUAACAUCAGGAGGCCCAACAACACACAGACAUUCUGCCAUGGACCAUUGACUCUCGCCAUGCAUGCACAGAACCUAGAGCUGGCUAAGGUACUACUGGCAGCGGGGGCUCUGACCAACAACCCUGACGAGGACCGCUGGCCACUAGAGGAAGCGUGCGCGUGGUGCUUCUCGGAAGGAGUUGAGUUACUGCUGAACGAAGGUGCCGCUCCAGAUAGCUGCCGUCCGUAUGACGUCACCUCCACCCCUAUGAGUGUCCUCUGUACUGCCGGCCUGCAGUACUGCAGUAGUAAGAAAGGUGCCAACGUCGACGACUUCAAGAGGUGCGUCCAGCUCCUUCUGCAUCACGCACUUCCAAUCCGCGGCCCCAGUAGGUCCACCUUGCGGUCGUGUCUGGAACUGCAGCUGCAAUGGCAACUGGAGAGCAACCGGGCUAUGAAGAAAGACAUCCUUGAACUGUGUCAGGCACCCACGUCUCUUCGAACCCUCUGUCGGAUGGUCAUCCGUGGUUGUGUUGCCAAAAAUUGUAAACUGUCCGAGGGCAUUCGGGCCCUCAAUCUUCCCCGAGGCCGUGGAAACCUUCCUUAUGAACUCGCUACAGGAGAGAAUCUACUAGGCGAGAACACUUUCAUGUGCAAUAUCAGUUGUAGAUUAUUUGCAGUAUAGUGUUGUACAUUUUGGAUUGUGUGGAGAAUCAGAGUUGUGUCACUUAAGCCAUUUUGAUUUAAUUAUAUGGAUGACAUCUGCUGGGAACCCCAAAAGUGAUGCGAGCAAUCAAUUAAAAAACUUUGUUGUUCUUUCUCAUCUUAUUUUCUGACUUUGGAAUUGACUUUGGCAUUCUACAUCAUUAGUGUCUGUUUUCUGGUACUUUACAGUUCUGGUAACUUACAACAUACAUUUACUUAUCUUGCAGCAGCUUUGUACGAUUUACAGUUACUUGUUGGGAGCUGGCAAACGGACAAGAAUUGAUGCGCGCCCAGACGUCAUCCAUGUUAUCAAAUCAACAUGUUUUUCUCCAGUGUCCACUUGCAAAUAUCCAAUGAUUGUUCUAUAUUCCUACUCGGACAGAGAUUUAUCCAGAACUUUUAUCCCAAUGAUACCUUGUCUAUUUUACGUAAGUUAACACAACAAUUUAUAGAUGGUAUAAUUGUAUAUAUACACAGAAAUAGUGCAUAUAAUAAAGAAGUCGUUUGAGAUACAAAUAUACACAUCCCAAACGUCCAGUGACAACCCUUCUUUGAUUGUGACAGUGCAGGUUCAUGUACAUUGUUGUCAUAACGAUCAAGCCACAAACACUAAGCUGGUGUUUUGCAUCAUGUUAUUGUGUGCAUUUGAGGUAAAUGAUAUACUUGUAAGGAUGUACACAUGUUUGUGUGUAGAGAAAUAUAGAACAGUAGGUCCAGUGCUGUUUGAACAGUUGUCCAACAUACACCAGUCUGCUGCAAUAGUCUGUCGACUCAACUGGUAGUGUCUGCAGAGAAAAUAUAACUACAACAACCAACAGAUAAUUAAUGUAAUUUGUACAUUCACACAAAUAUGCAGAUAGAGUGCAGACUGUGUAGGUGAAGUAUAGUUGGCAGUCAUAAGUGGUAUAGAAUUAUUUCCUAUCAGUUGUAAAGAGCAAUGAACACCAGUGUAAAUUGUUUUGUCACUUUUCUCACCCGUGAAUGUAUUUAGCAACAGCUGUAGAAAGUGACUGAAAAGUAUCGAGGCUUCAUAAUGAGUUGCGUCAUUAACAUUUUGUAUGUGCACAGUACAGAUGUAUGUGUUCAUGUACAAUUACGUCAAAAGGUGCUUAUUUUAGUACAGAGUAUACAGUAUUUUUGUCUUCUGACACUUAU